AUGGAGAACUUCCGUUGCAACUAUUUAGCACUGAUCAUCUUUCUUGUACUGCCAGUUUGUUUCUUUGCAUUGGAGACGACAACAUCAGCAAGAACAGAAGCUGAAGCUCUUCUCAAAUGGAAGAGCAGCCUGUUGAUGUUGUCUUCUUCUUCUUCUUCACUCAAUUCAUGGUCACUAUCCAACCUAAGAAACCUUUGUAAUUGGAGGGGGGUUGUCUGCAAUGGCGGUGGAUUUGUCUCUGAGAUCAAUCUUCCUUAUGCUCAUCUCUCUGGUACUCUUCACCACCUCAAUUUUACUUCUUUUCCCAGCCUCACUGGUUUCAACAUAAGUGGAAACAACUUCAAUGGAUCAAUCCCUCCUGCCAUCGGUGAUUUGUCCAACUUGCUAUUCUUGGACUUGAGCGACAAUACGUUUGAUGGAAUCAUACCGCCACAGAUUGGGAAGUUGAGGGAGCUUCAGUACCUCAACCUUUACAACAAUUCUUUUAGUGGAGUUGUUCCUUAUCAGAUUGGUAAUCUUCAGAAGGUAUGGUUCCUGGAUUUUGGAUUAAAUUAUUACUUGGAGGCUUCUGAUUGGUCUAAUGUUAAGAGUUUUCCUGUGCUGAGACAUCUUAGUUUCUCUGGGAAUGAAUUUGGACCAAGGUUCCCUGAUUUCAUACUGGGUUGUAGAAAUCUAACUUAUCUUGAUUUAUCUGAAAACAAUUUCAAUGGAUCAAUCCCUGAGUCAUUGUUCACCCGUUUGGAAAAGCUUGAGCAUCUCAAUCUUUCUGCCAAUACAUUUCUAAGACCUUUAUCACCUAACAUUGGCAAGCUAUCCAACCUCAAAUAUCUUGAUUUGUCGGCCAAUAAUUUUCAAGGACAAAUUCCAUCUGCUAUAGGUCAACUCAAAAAUCUUCGAGUCUUGGAUAUUAGCAGCAAUUACUUGAAUUCAAGUCUUCCUUCUGAGCUUGGCAGUUGCACUAACCUCACUCACUUGACUUUAGCUUUUAAUUCACUCUCUGGUCCACUACCUUCAUCACUGUCAUUUUUGACAAAGUUGUCCGAGUUAGACUUAUCAUAUAAUCUUCUUUCUGGUAAUAUUUCCCCUUAUUUUUUCUCCAAUUGGACCAAACUAACGUCAUUGCAACUUGCACGCAAUUCCUUCAAUGGGGGUAUUCCAUUUGAAAUUGGUUUGCUCACAAAUCUUGAAUACCUUUUCUUGGAUAGAAAUAAGAUUUCGGGCAGCAUUCCAACUCAAAUAGGAAACUUGCAAAAUUUGGUUGAAUUAAACCUUCAAGUAAACAAUAUCUUUGGUUCAAUACCUCAAACAAUUGGAAACCUUACAAGUCUCAAACUUCUUUUGCUUUUUGAUAACAAUCUCACAGGAACAAUUCCACCCCAUGUAGGAAACCUCCAGAAUUUGGUUGCACUAGACCUAUCACAAAACUGCCUCUAUGGUCCGAUACCUCAAACAAUUGGAAACUUGACUAACCUAGAUAGCUUAUUGCUUUCCACCAAUAAUCUCAUCGGAAUGCUCCCACCUCAAAUAGGAAAUUUGCAGAAGUUAACUAAUUUGUACUUGCCAGAAAACAACCUCUAUGGUCUAAUAUCUCAUACAAUUGGAAACUUGCAAAAUUUGAUUUUGCUAGACAUGUCAACAAACAAUCUCUCUGGUCCAAUACCUCAAACAAUUAGAAAUCUUACAAGCCUCCAAGUCUUAGACCUUUCCACAAACAAUUUCACAUCAAUGCUUAUCCCUUCAACCAUUUGCAAUUUACAUUCUCUCCAAACUUUGGUUUUGGCCAAUAAUUUAUUAAUUGGGUUAAUACCUCAAUGUUUGGGAAAUAUCAGCAAAGAUCUCUCUGUGUUAGAUUUGCACCGGAACCAAUUUCAUGGGCCAAUCCCAACAAGUUUUGAGGUUGGCAACUCCUUGGGCAGACUAAAUUUGCGUGAUAAUCAAUUAGAGGGAGCUAUGCCGCAAUCUCUAAUCAAUUGUAAAGAGUUGGAAAUUCUUGAUCUUGGGUAUAACAACUUGAGUGGUAUGUUUCCAAUGUGGUUAGGAACUCUUCCAAAUCUGAAGGUUCUUAGCUUGAGAUUUAACAAGUUGAAUGGUUCCCUAACAAGUAUGAGAAUUAAAAGCUCCUUGUUUCCUCAACUCCGUGUCUUUGACAUCUCUUACAAUGAGUUCACCGGGGAUUUGCCAGCAAGGUUUUUCAAGACUUUUAAAGCCAUGAAAAUUGUUAAUGAAGAUAGAAUGCCAAUGCCAGUGUACCUACUGAGCAGUUACUAUCGAGAUACAUUAUUGGUGGGAAUAAAAGGGCAAGAUAUUGAACUUGUUCAAAUACUACUCAGGUUUACUGCUGUUGAUCUCUCAUGCAACAAAUUUGAGGGCCAAAUUCCAUAUAGCAUCGGAGAUCUUCUUGCAUUACGUGAAUUAAAUUUAUCACAUAACAUGUUCACUGGCCACAUCCCAAUGUCUCUUGGAAAUUUAUCUGUGCUUGAAUCCUUAGACCUUUCUUCAAAUCAAAUUGGCGGAACAAUCCCUAGACGAUUGACUAGUAUUUUAUCUCUUGAAGUGUUGAAUCUCUCACAUAAUAAGUUAAUGGGAUGCAUACCUCAAGGCCCACAAUUCAAUACAUUUGAAGUCAAUUCAUUCCAAGGAAAUGAUGGAUUGAAAGGAAAACCUUUGUCACGAGGUUGUGGCAAUGACAUGACACCACAACUUCCAGCACCAAAGGAGCUCCACCAAGAAGACGAUUCAAGUUUUUUGAGCGGAUGCACUGUAAAAAUUGUAGCAAUAGGGUACGGUUGUGGUAUUCUUUUUGGAUUAUUCAUGGGAAGUCUCAUGUUCCUAACUGGAAAGCCAGAAUUCAUUGCAAGGUUUUUUGAAGAAGAAGCAUGCAAACUAGCAAUGAAGAUCAAACGAAGAAGAUCAACAAUAAGGAGAAGAAACUAG